UCAUUUUUCACAUUAACUAAAAAAAAAGAAAUCUCUUCCAAUUAUUAAAGUUUUUUUAUAUUACUUUAAACAGACAGAUUGAUUAAAAAAUUAUAUUUUGUAAAAUUUCUAAAGAAACAAAAUUUUAAGGAAAUGGAAACAUUAGACUAAAAUUGCGAGGUUUAAGCACCUUAAAAUUUAGAAAAUCAUGUCUAAAUGGAGGAGGAGACUUAAAAAAUAUAGGAUGCAUCUAAACCAGAUUAGGAUGUAAUUCAGCCUGAAAAAGAUGCACAAAAUUGUUUAUCUGAUUAAAUAGUAGAAAAAAAAUCGAUUCAUUUAAAUUAUGAUGAAGCAACAUUAUUAGAUCAAAGCUAAUUAGAGUAAAUUUACUUAAAAGAGUAUAGAUAAUUACUCAAUUUGAUUUAAAAUACUUAGCUUAAAGUGUUUGAUUUUAUGCCUGUAAAUGAAACAUUCCAGAUUGGGUAAGGGUUUGUUGUAUAAAGAGGAAUUAUAUCAAAUAUGGGCAAAGCGAUUUAAUUGAUGAAUGGUAUAAAAAAUGAUCCUAGAAUCAGCUAGGGCAUUUCAAUAAUUGGGAAUUUUUAGUAUUUUGAUGGAUAUUUGAGAGAAUAUCAUUCAACUGGAAUAAGAGUAAUUAGAGUUUUAGAAAAUUCUAGUUUGAAUCAAGAAUAUUAAAGCUUCUACCCUUAUGUGUUGAUACACUACUACAAAAAAGAAAAGUACCCUAGGUUAGCUUAUAAAAAAGAAUAUGAUUAAAAUAAAUAGAGAAAACUAGAGAGGAGAUUAUAGAAAAAAAUAGAAAAGAGCAUACAUAAAUUAAGUGAAAGCUAUACAGAGAAUGAUAUGAAAGCAGAAAAUGUAGAUUCUAAUUAUGUAGAGUAAAGGACCUAAUACAGAAGAAAAUUAAGACAAAAAUUUAAACGAGCAGAUAAAAACAAAUAAAACUCUAAUAAGGGUUUAGAAGAUUAAUUAAAUAUGAAGGAAGAAAAUAAUACCUCUGAAUAAAUUUCUGAAAGUAGCACUCCUAUGAAAUCUGAAAAUAAGCUAUAAGGUGCGUCUUAAAAUAAGCAAUAAAGUGUAUCUUAAGAUAAGCAAUAAUAAAGUGUGUCUGAUAAUAAAGAAUAAAGUGCGUCUGAAAAUAAACAAUAAAGUGUAGCUUAAAAUUCUCGAUAGUAAGUUACUAAAACUCGCUCAUAAGAAAUGUAUUAAAAAGUUCUCUCUAAUUAAUCUUUUUAAAAUUAAACUAAAUUCGAAACAUGCUAAAAAAAUAAACCUUCUCAAAUACAAUAGAAUUAAUCUUAUUUAUUCUCAAAUUCAUCCAGCCCAUGCACCUCUCUAAAUCAGAGCCUGUAAAUGUAAAAUAGCUAUAAAAAAAUAAAAAAAGAAUAGUUAGAAUAGUCUUGUAAAAAAGUUUAGUUUAUGGAUAAGUUCUCUUCGCAAAAUUAAUAGCAAUCAUAAAGCUAAAGUUAGUAAUUGAAUAAUUCUUUUAUGAAUAGCUCUAACUUGAAUUAGUCAUAAACAUAAAAAGAAAGACAAUAAGCAGAAUAAUUAAAUAGUUUAAAAAGAAAAGUCAGCGAUCUGACCAAUCAGCUAGAUUCUGAAAGAUAUAAAGCUUUAUAUUUUGAAGAUAUGUACUUGCAGCUCAGAUCUUUUUUAGUAAAAUAGGAAUUAAAUUAGUUAAGAGCUAAUGGUUUUAAAUACUCUGCUUCAAUUGAAAAGAAAAUUUAAUAUGAAGAAUAACCAUCAAUUAAAAUAGAGGAAGAAUAGCAAGAGCGAAUUUAAUUAGAUUGA